AUGAUUCAUGGCAUCGAGACAGCUCUUGGCCAUCAAAAGGAUGCGUCUGCGUCGGGAACGGACGCUGGAUUCACAGAAAGGAAGGCUCUUCCAGUGACCACGACUACGGAGGCGGAUGGAGAGAUAAAUUUUCUCCUCGUGGGUACCACGGAUGAUGUUUGUGAGAAUCUCGACCCUCGACGUUCGCAAAGGUCCUUAAUGCGAAUUUGUUCUGUGGUCGGGGAGUUUGGAGGAGGAGGAUCGUCUUUCAAGAGGAUGAAUCCUGGCAGAAAGGAGGAGAUAUGGCAGUAA